AUGUCACAAAAUUAUUUAGGAUGCGGAACAAAUUCAAAGGAAGAAUGUCGUGAAUGUUUUGACACUUUAAUCAUGAGAUCCUUUUUUCAAAAUUUUGAACAGCGUAGUAAUGAUGAUAGUAUUACGCAUUGUAAGAUGCAUGACAUAGUGCAUGAUUUUUUACAAUUUUUGACAAAAGAUGAAUCUGUUGCCAUUGAAGUACUUGAUGAUAUUGAAGAGAAUUUGGAACCGCUAGAUGACAAAGGUCGUCACUUGACCUUGGUAGUUGGAUCUGAUGCUCAAUUUCCCAUUGUGGAAUACAACAAAAUGAAUGAAAAGAAUCUACGCACCUUAUUUAUUGUGUCAAAUACGAAUAAUUGUAGUAUUGAUACAUCAUUGUUCUCACGUCUCACAUGCCUUCGAACAUUGAAUCUGAGUAAAUGCGGGAUUCAGAGUUUGCCUAAGAGUAUUGGUAAAUUAAUUCAUUUGAGAUAUCUCAAUUUAGAAUCUAAUCCUGAUUUGGUGGAGUUGCCUCUUGCUAUAUGUGGUCUAUGUAAUCUACAAACUCUAAAUCUGGAUUAUUGCACUGCACUUGGCAAACUACCGGAUGGGAUGGCAAAACUUAUAAAUCUGAAGCAUCUCUAUAUUAAGUCUUGUUUUAUGUUGGAGGGAUUGCCGAGAGGAACUGUUUGUUUGGUGAGCCUUGAAAGAUUAAAUAUGUUGGUCAUACCUAAAGAUAGAGGAUCAUAUUUUGAUAUUGGGGAUUUGAAUAGACUGAACAAACUUCAACUUAGAGGUUCUCUCCACAUAAAGGAAUGUAGAAAUAUAAAAAAUGUGGAUGAGAUUGAGCAAAUUCAUCUCAAGAAUAGUGAGGACAUUGUUUCUUUUUCUCUUGAUUUUGGAUGGUUAGAGAAGUUGGAGAAUGACUUCGAAGAUGAUAUUACAAUACUUGAAGCCUUGGAACCACAUCAAAACUUGAUGGAAUUAAUUAUCUCUAAUUACAUGGGUCCAAACUUGUCUCCUCGUCCUAAAUGGUUGAUGCCCUUAAUUCAUUUAAGAAAGUUGGCUCUUUUGUUUCGCGAGAAGUGUGAGAUCAUACCUUCUUUUGGGGGACUCCCAUCUCUUGAGGUACUUCAGUUGGCUGGCAUGAAGAAUGUGAAAAAUGUGGGUCUUGAGUUUCUGGGAAUAACAGAGAAAAGAGACCAAGAUGAUGAUGCAACACUGAACAAUCCACUCGUUAUGUUUCCAAAAUUGAAAAGGCUUGUAUUCAUAAAUAUGGAGCAGCUGGAAAAGUGGGAAGGGAGAGAGACACCAGCCGCAGAGACUAGUUUGGUGGUAAUGCCACGUCUUAAGCGCUUGGAAUUAGAGGGAUGCCCUCGCCUACUAGCCUUACCUGACUUUUUACAGACAACGACCUCACUAAAAUAUUUAUCCAUAUCCAAGUCUGAGAUUGUAGAGGAAUAUUGCCAAAGGAGGACAGAGAAAGAAUGGGACAAAAUUUCUAAUAUCCCUAACAUCACCUUGAAUGACAAGAUUGUGCGAAAAGACGGUAUCUGGAUUCAGGAAGACAAUAUCAAUGAUGUUAUUGGAACAUCAUCAACACCAAAAUGAAGAUGAAAAUCUUUAUAUCUGGUUCGCGGACUAUGUUUCUCUCUUUAAGACGUUUAGCGGCUCUGCCCCAAGUAUGCACGGCAGUCUAUCAACCACGAUGUCCCCAGGAUAAAACAACCUCUGUAUACGAUUCCUUUGUGUACCGAAGGGCUUCGCUCUCUUACACCCUCAAGCUUAGAGAAAAUAUUAUUAUAUCAAUGGUGAUUUUUUUUCAGUGAAAAGAUGUAUCUUCCCCUUUAUUCUUUUCUAACUUAUGUAAAGAAGUCGAUAUUUGGAAAACGGUAAGAAAAACGUUUUUUAGA